UAAAAACCAGAGCAGCCGCCGGCGGGCUGGGGGCGGCGUGGGGAAAGUGCGGAGCUGAGCGCGCAGGCGCUGCCCGCCCCGGCCCGGUGGGGAACAAAGGGAGCGCGGCUGGAGCGGAAGUACAAAUAUAAUGUCAGGUGGCUGAAAAUUUGCCUAUCAAAAUGUCAAAAAGGCCAUCUUAUGCCCCACCUCCUACCCCAGCUCCUGCAACCCAAAUGCCCAGCACCCCAGGGUUUGUGGGAUACAAUCCAUACAGCCAUCUGGCCUACAACAACUACAGGCUGGGAGGGAACCCGGGCACCAACAGCCGGGUCACGGCUUCCUCUGGUAUUACCAUUCCAAAGCCCCCCAAACCCCCAGACAAGCCCCUGAUGCCCUACAUGAGGUACAGCCGGAAGGUCUGGGACCAAGUGAAGGCGUCCAAUCCUGAUUUGAAGUUAUGGGAAAUUGGCAAGAUUAUUGGAGGAAUGUGGCGAGAUCUCACUGAUGAAGAGAAGCAAGAGUAUUUGAAUGAAUAUGAAGCUGAAAAGAUAGAGUACAAUGAGUCCAUGAAGGCCUACCACAACUCCCCAGCAUACCUGGCCUACAUCAACGCCAAGAGCCGCGCCGAGGCGGCGCUGGAGGAGGAGAGUCGGCAGCGGCAGUCGCGCAUGGAGAAGGGGGAGCCCUACAUGAGCAUCCAGCCCGCAGAGGACCCCGAUGACUACGAUGACGGGUUCUCCAUGAAGCACACGGCGACUGCUCGGUUCCAGAGGAACCACCGGCUCAUCAGUGAGAUCCUGAGCGAAAGCGUCGUCCCCGACGUCCGCUCUGUUGUCACCACAGCCAGGAUGCAAGUUCUUAAACGCCAGGUUCAGUCCUUGAUGGUUCAUCAGCGUAAACUGGAGGCUGAGCUGCUGCAAAUUGAAGAGCGUCACCAGGAAAAGAAGAGGAAGUUUUUGGAAAGCACUGAAUCCUUUAACAACGAGCUUAAAAGGUUAUGCGGUUUGAAGGUGGAAGUGGAUAUGGAAAAGAUUGCAGCUGAAAUUGCUCAGGCUGAGGAACAGGCUCGCAAGAGGCAGGAGGAAAGGGAAAAAGAAGCAGCUGAGCAAGCAGAACGCAGCCAGAACAACGUGGCAGCUGAGGAGGAACAGGCAGCUAAUAAGAUAGAGGAGAAGAAAGAAGAGGAGAGCGCUCCAAUGGAGACAGAAGAGCCUCAUCCAGAGGAGAGCACAGAAAACCAGCAGAAUGGAGAAGAAGGAACAUCUACCCCAGAUGAUAAGGAGAGUGGGCAGGAGGGGGUGGACAGCACUGCAGAGGAGGGAACCAGUGACAGCAACACUGGCUCAGAAAGCAACAGUGCCACUGUGGAGGAGCCUCCUGCAGACCCCAGUGCUGAGGACAGCGAGAAGAAAGAAUAAAUAUUGACUUACUUCAUGUGUCUCUCUUUACUGAAAUACUGUUUUGAUUUCAGAAUGUGCUACAAGGCGUUUGUAUCUUCCUUGCCUGUAUCACUUGUCUCUAAAGGAUACUGGGCUUUAGUAACUUGUCAGAUUAUCAGCAAAGCAACUUAGAGGGCCUUUAGAGGCAAAGGAAACCAUGCAACAGACAAAACCCCCUGUCUAAAGCUGUACAAUUUGGAGGGGUUCUCCCUAUAGCUCGGGGCUUCUUCCCUAGAAGAACAGUGUUGGUUUUAUAUCAGAGCUCAGGGCUUCUCCCCAGCCACACAGAGCUGUGUGGUUCUUCAAGGCCUCCUUCUUCUGGGUGCAGGUGGCAUCACCUGCAGGCCCUGGUGUCACUGCAGGACCCACUGCCCCAGGCCUGAGGAAUCAGGGAAAGGUCAUUGGCACCUGCCGGAGCUGAGAAAGUUCCUGAGGCCUCUGGAAGUUUGGAUUAGUGUGAAGCAAAGACAUGUCUGCUGCAGCUGCCCAGCUCUCUGGUUUUCAAGAGAGCUUUCUGCACUUGUGAGCUGUGCUCCUGUGUGAGGCUAAGCUGUUAUCUAGGGGAUUUUUUUGUGUAAUCCUUGUUUUUUAUAGUGUAGCUUCUACAGGGAUGGAAACUUGCUCAUGUUCUGUGUGCAGCACUUCUGGAGAUGAUUUCCAGAGGACUGAGUUCAGCCUUCUUGCAGUAAAUGACAUAAUUGUGGGGGUUUUUUCUGUGAUGCAGGAUUCCUUUCAACAACAGUCUUUGCUUUUCUGUACCAAUUUAACUCAUUUGGUACAGACAUUAUCCUGGUAUGACCUCAUCCUGGGAGAUGGCAAAGUACAGAGCAGGAGAGCAUUUAAUAAAAUCUGUUCUCUGAGCAGGCUGUCACUAAUAUGCCCCAAACGGUAAAGAAGAGCAGUUUUGCUCACCAGGAGCUUUCAGAAACUGGGAACUCUACAGAUGUACUGAAAAGGUCACAUUUUGCCCUCUAUAAGCAGAAGCCCAACUGAAGAAAAGAAUACACUGAAUUGCAACAAGAGACACAAGCUCUUCCAUGACUUGACACCUGUAAGAGAACAUGUGAUGCAUUUGUUUCAAUAAUUUAGUAUGUUUUUAAGGAAUAGUGGGUGUAUCAGAUGGUAAUGUUUUUUAAAUCCUUUUGUUGUUUUUUUUUAAACAGUCUCAAAAUAAAAUCCAACUUGUUUGGUUUUUUAAAACUUAA